UUGCAGAGAUAAGAUGUCAUCAUUGGAAAGAGCGGAAGAUAUAGUACUCCCCGUGUGCGAGCAGUCAGCAGACAGUGCCUCCACAGCUGCCAGUGCUUCACCCUGGAAAGCAACUGUCAUCCAAGAGAAGACAGUGGCCAGGGAUAUGCCCGAAUCACCAGAUAUGAAAUUCGCUCGGACACGUUUUGGUCAUCUUCUUGAUGGAAUACGAAGUGGUGAGAUUCAAACUGGGAUGCAAGCUAGAAAUCGAGCAAGAAGUCCAGAAGAGAUGGAAAGGGACUUGCUUGAACGUCCAAAGAAAUCGUUGCGACGUGAAAGUCGACGAAUGGUCUUCGAACUUCGUGGCAAACCUUUUGCACUGCGAGAUAGUGGUCGUCGAGAAGGCGUAUAUGCACUAUGUCGAAAUUGGAUGCGAGGUAGUGAUGACGAACGACCAAGAGAAAAGCGAGAAGUAGAGCAUCCAGAACCGUCCGACGACUCACUCGAUUUACUGGCUACAAAAGAAAUUUGGGCUUUGCCACGGCCGCAUGAUCGCAUCCGGAUAGAACCAGCUCCUCCACCGUUGUACAUUAAUACGAAAGUCAAGGUGGAUACAACAAGUUCUACGGAGCUCUUGGCCGUUUAUCUGCCGCACUGGAAAAGAAUCAAGAAAAACUGGAACGAGUACUCCCGAAUUCGAGACCGACGAUAUCAAAAAAGCAUUCGAUUGCUGAACACCGUAUUCAGUAUGAAUCAACAAAACAGCAUUAUAUGAUAUGAUCUUUUCCUCAAAGUAAAUAUAUUCUGAGCCAAACACAUUUUGCAUCUGUGCUAUUUUCCAAAGGAAAAUAAUACAACAGUUAGACAUAUCUUCCAAAUUCACUCGAAAUCUGCCUAUUUAAUUUAUAUUUCGCUAACUAAUAUAGUCAACCGAAAUUUUGACGAAUUGUUCCC